UGUCUCGAUGCUCUCCCUCUCUAGUUCACUAUGCAAGGCCUGUGAUCAUCCUGGGCCCAAUGAAGGACCGAGUCAAUGAUGACCUGAUCUCCGAAUUUCCACAUAAAUUUGGAUCCUGUGUGCCACAUACUACCCGACCUCGACGUGAUAAUGAGGUGGAUGGACAAGACUACCACUUUGUGGUGUCACGUGAACAAAUGGAGAAAGAUAUUCAGGACAACAAGUUCAUUGAAGCAGGCCAAUUUAAUGAUAACCUCUAUGGGACCAGCAUCCAGUCAGUGCGGGCAGUUGCAGAGAGGGGCAAGCACUGCAUCUUAGAUGUUUCCGGCAAUGCUAUCAAGAGACUGCAGCAAGCACAACUUUACCCCAUUGCCAUUUUCAUCAAGCCCAAGUCCAUUGAAGCCCUUAUGGAAAUGAACCGAAGGCAGACAUAUGAACAAGCAAAUAAGAUCUAUGACAAAGCCAUGAAACUGGAGCAGGAGUUUGGAGAGUACUUUACGGCCAUUGUACAGGGUGACUCACUGGAAGAGAUUUAUAACAAAAUCAAACAAAUCAUUGAGGACCAGUCUGGGCACUACAUUUGGGUCCCAUCCCCUGAAAAACUCUGAAGAAUCCCCUCCAACCAU